GGUUUUAAACAAAAUUUUUCACACAUCCACUGCAAUUGUCAAGUUGAAGAAUAAGUGCACGUCCUAUCAAAGAUCUCGGUCAUUUCAAAUAAAAAUAUAUGGUAUUUUUGUUCGUUGUGUGCAAAAACUAUUGAACUAUUUUUGGUGAGCUUUAAUUAAUUAGUCAUAAACUAAUUAUUUACAAAUAUAAAACUAUAACUUAUAGUAUAGUCGAUAGAUAUUCUUAUAGUAUAGGCCAUAGGCAUAGGCAACUUAUACUACGUAUAGGGAAUUGAAUGAUCUCAUACAGUUACAGUCUUUAUGCAUAAACUGGCGGUAAUCCCUUAUUUUAGUGCUUUUUAUUAUUUUAAAAUUCAUUUUUACCUCAUAGAACUUCGUUAACGGGAGGUGUGGGUGAAAAAUCUAAAAUUUUUGUUGGCAUCAUACAGGAUUUUUUUAACCUACACCUUAUUUUAGAUACUUCGGUAAACCAAGGGAGGCUACUACUUUUUGUGUAUCAGAACUGGCAAUCGGCGCUGAAAAAUCUGAGUUUUUAAUUUUCCGAUGUGUGUGUCUAUUUAUUAUUAAAUGAGUACUUUUGAAAUAUAUUUGAGUUCCAUUUCUGGCCUUAUAUUUAGGUAGACAUCUUGGCCUACAUUUACAUUGAUUUGUUUUAAUUUUUCAAUCGACCUGUAUUUUGAGAUUCCCCUUUAAAUGUAAGGCAUCUUUCACUAUAAAAUUCGUACAGAAGUUCAAUUUUUAUGUGUUUAAAAAAAAGUUUUAUUCUGUAUUAUCUAUCGAUGUGUAUUUGUGUCAAUUCUCAUCGAGUUAGGACAUGUCUUUCACUUGUUAUGCUCACUUGAGUAAACCCCUAUAUGGUAAUGUAGCUUAGCCCAAUUUCGAUAAGGAAGUGGCCAAGCCCCCCUUUCAGUGGCGGAAAACGCAGUUACUUAGGAAAUAUUUAAUUAUUUCCACUAUUUACAUCAAAAUAUUUGAUAACUUAUGUUUUAGAAUGAAUUUAAAUGUUAUUAAAAGAAUAAUAUUUUAAUUUGAGUUUAAAAAACCAGGCAGAGUCCAUUUUAUAAAUGAUCAAAAUUCGCUGUGUGCAAAAUGUCAUGGGGGUAUACUUGCAUAAUUGCUAUUAUUUACUGCUAUCUCAGAGUUUUCAUUCAUGAAAGUUUGCCUUGUUCAAAAACUAUUAAACUUGGUCAGGGAAAGCUUCAAUUACUUAGUCAUGUACCAAAGUUGAAAGUUCAAUAGUUCCCAAACAGUAUUUCGGUAAUCAGGGCAUGAGUUGCCUUAUAUUUAUAUAGACUAUGUAGCAAAUAUCGGUAUAAUGGAUGACGUAGAUUUGGUAAACUGAAAAGCCAAAUAGUAAUACAUUAUAUUAAAUUUACUGAUAUAAAUAGUGCAUAGUUAGAUAAGCUACAAUUUUUCUAUAAUUGUUAACAUUAUUAAACUUAUUUUUUUAAUACAGCAUUAGUUCUGAAAAUAAAAUUAUCAUUAAAACAAGAGUUUUAUAGCUCGUGACGCGAACAGCGGAAUCGGGUCCCACAAAAUGGAGAUGCGGUCCAUGUUAAAUAAGGACAAAUUAAGUCGUACAAUAAAAAUUCAUAACUUUAAAACUACAACAGCUAAAAAUAUGAUUUUAGUGUUAUAAUUCUUUAAAAAAUUAGCUCUAUUCAACUAUGACAUUGGUUUAUUUUUUUUAAAGUUUUAAUUUUGUUAUCAAAGUACCUACCUUAUUUGUUAUUCUAAUGGAGGUACAAAACAGGUUUUAAAAAAAAAAGGCGGCAAUUCUCCAAAGUCCAGUCCAAAUUAUUUUGUAUGAAGAACAUUGCAAUACACAGUGUGUAUUGUUAGAAAAAUGCAUGAAUGUCAGUCAUAUCUUUUGCAAAUAACUGUCACUUUACAAAGCAGUCAGUAAAUAAUAAAUAUUGUAAUUGGUUGGCACAUAGCGCUUCCAAAUAGCAGCCGAAAACUGUCUGCUUGUGACCACUGUGCCAAUGAAAGGCCCCCAAGUAGCUGGCAAACAGACCCCGACAAGUACCACUCUGAUAGCGGCGUUUACGUCUCGCUUGCAUCCAAAGUCCUUCAAUAUACAGUUUCUGUGUGAAUGACCUGGUCUACUGGAUCAACAAAUUCAUGCGCGGGCACAAUGACAGUUUGAGCAUAAAUCCUGUUGUUGAGCUGACCAACAUUUUGAUAUGCUCGCCAAGCGUCUGUGUCGCUAGAGGUCCCUGGUAACACAUAAUUAGUGAUAAUAAGCUCGAGUGUUUGUGCAUCUCGACGGCCAACAACCUCCAUCCAACAUCAUCCACUACGGCAAACAUGAAUUUCAAAACAAAAUGAUGCCUAAGACUUUUAAGUAAGGAGUAAUCAUUGGAAAUAAUUUGGGACCGGACUGGAUGAUUGCCAAAAAGUCUAAUGAUAGUUGUGGAUGCCACAAUGUCUUUCCGGUGUUUAUGAAAGUUGCAGUGUAUUAGGGUUCAGGUUAGGUUUAGGGAUAUGAUUACUUAAAUUUUGUGACAGAAUUAAGUGGUCUUCUCAACCAAUAUGGCGGCCAAUCAUGGCAUCCACACUCAUCAUUUACCCCAAAAAAAUUCCAUUGAUUGCCUUUGUAGCCCAUUAAAAAUUAAAAUUUUUUUUAGUGUUUUUUAAAAUACUAAGGCUUUUACAAAUAUUAAGUUAUUGCUAUCAGAUUUUAAACAUAGAUUAUUUAACCUAUAAUAAAACUUUAUGUAACAGGAUUUUUUGAUGUAAUGACUAUUUAUAAAUCAACAGUGACCCCCAAUUUUUUAUGCCAAAAAAGGGGUGUGGGUGAAUUCUUUUUUACAUAUUUUCUUUUCUAAGAUAGUAAUCUUAAUUAUAGGUUAUUCAAAUGUUUAUUAUUGGUCACUAAACAUACUGUGAAAGUUUGGUGAGGUUUGGAUAGUAAAUAUAAAAGUUAUAGGGAUUUGGUGACCAAAAAUGUUGAAAACAAGAAAACUGAAAUAAUGAAGAAAAAUGACAAAAACAAUGAAAAUAUCAAUGAAAAAUAAGAAAUUUUAAUUCAGAUUGGAAUAAAAACGUUUUUAUUAGCCUUUUGUGGACAUUAUUUAUCCUUUUCCAGGACCUUUUGUCUUUUUUCCUGACCACUCAACUUUUCCCUGCGAUUGAUGUAUUUUUAUCUAUUAUUCUGUUUUUGUCGAAAAAGUAAUAGUUCGCUUAUUUUGGAGAAUUUAAUCAUUAUAAAAGUGUGCAAAACCAUAAAAUUAAGCUAUGUGAAAAUGCAAUUCCAAAGAGUUAUUUGGCAUUGUCCAUGUAUGCUAGAAAAUACAACUCCUGGUCUUGUAAAAAACAUUGUAAGUUCUAUGAGCUCUAAUGACCAAAUGAAUAUUGACAGCUGUAAGUUUUCUGAUUUCUGUCUCACAACUUUUGAAUCAUUUGAGUUGCACCAUGUAUUUUUUCCAAAAGCAUAUUUACAGGUAUUUUGUGUGAGCCAGAAAACUCAUGAGCAAUAACUCCAUUGUAAAAUAUAAUUAGUUACUGUAUCAAAUUUUAACACUAAUAAUGUUGAAAAUCACAUCACUUUGAGAUACAAUGUUGAAACAAGAGAAUUAUUGAUAUGUUCCUUUCAACUACUGUCUUAUUCUUUAGUCCUUGAAUAACACAUAAAGAGCCUUGUGAUGUAAUCUGUGUUAGUCUUCUCUUGCAUCCUCUGCCUGAGGUUACUUUUAUUUCAAUGCAUCGAACAUAUGUUGCGACCAGAAAUCUGUAACAAUUGGAAAUUUUACUUAGGGCACUCUUUUUCAUGUAGGAAUUGUAAUUUGGGCUAAAUGGACUAAAGCACAACAGAUCUGUGUAGUUUAUCAGCAGGAAAUAUAAUACAUGUUGUGUUCCGCAAACUCAUUGCGCAUCUCUUCAAUCAAUCCUGAAAACAAUAAACUUAUAGUUAGAUAUUUGUAUCAAAUGCUUCUUAACACAAAUAUAAGGCUACAAGGACAUUAAUGACUGAAAGGUCAUACUUGUUGACAAGCAAAAUUGUUAAGGCUCUUAUUUUACUUUAGAAUAAAAUAACACUAAUGACAAUGUCAUUUGUGCUGCGAUAAGAAGAAAAAUGAGAAAUUUAAUACUUUACUAUUUUAAUAGCUAUAGAAAUGUAGGAAAGUGUAAGUCGAAUGUCACAAUUACUAAAUUCAUAAAUUGUUUAUUAUAAGUUUUAUUUUUACUACUGUUCAUUAUCACUAAACUAACAGUGUUUACUACUAAUAAGAAAAAAGUAUAAAAGAAUAAGUAUAGCCUUCAUUUAUAUUCAUUGGUCUAUACUAUAGUGAGUACAGCACAGUGGUGGCGUAGCGAGGGUGUUUGGCGCCCGGGGAAAGGAUCCAUUUUUAGCGCCCCUUUUUCUUUUCUUCAACUCUCAAACACAUUAUUUUCAUCAAUAAAAUAAUAUCAAAACACAUUUUGGCGCCCCUAACUAGCUGGCGCCCGGGACAUCUGUUGAAUAAUUGAUAACUUACUUUAAAUUUGAAUAUAAGUGAAAAAUAGAUUUGAUUUCUAAGACUUACUUACCAUUAUUAUUGGCAUGGUAUUUUUCUAUCUUCUACCUGCAGUGAAGUAGCCUAGCGAUGCUUGAACUUGAAGUGAAUAGGCCUAGGCAUCUUUAGUCUUAGUAGUUUAGUGUACUCAUUUUCUUAGUCUUCUCCGUAAAAGGAGAGGAAUUAAUCUUGUCUAUUACGAAAAAAUAAUUUAAGCCAACUCAUUCUGUUUGGUUAUUGGUAUACUUAUCUAGUUUUAUUUAACUCCUCAAAUGGUUUUAUUUGUGACAAAUGACAUAUCCAAAUUGCCAGGCCUCACGAAAUAAACAAGGGUUUGUUUAUACCAGAAGUAAUCAUUACAAACAGAUUUCCUACAUAGGAACCAAUCAAAAUGCUCAUUUUAUUCAAAGGUCAGGGCUAGAUCACGUGAUACACAAAGUAGAACAGGAAAAUAUCCGGUACCAAAUUUUGCUAGACAUUGCCGGCGAUCGAAAGGUUUCUGUUAAUUUUGUAACUUUCUUUAUGACCACAAGCUAUAUUUAUCUUGAUGCGGAAAUCACCAUCUUGCCAGUAUAAGGAAUAAGCCUGCCAAAUUUCAGGCUUCUAUCUACAGGGGAAGUUGGAGAAUUACUGAUGAGUCAUUCAGUGAGUGAGUGAGGGGAUUGCCUUUCAUUAGUUUAGAUUAAAUCAUUUUCUGAUUCAAGCUGUUUCUUGAUAAGUUAACAAUAAGUAUUUUUAAUCAGAGUUUUAUAUCGCUGCUUUUUUAAAAGCUAAAAUGGUUGAAGCUAUGGCUGGGCCUUCAGUGCAAGAACUAAUAUAAAUAUUUUUAAAAUCUUUUUAGGAGAGGAUUUAAGGAUACUGAUUAUGAUUUUAACAUUCCCCAUGACGAUAUUGAUAUCAGUUGAGAUUCUUCUUCUGAUGAAUCUUAUACUAGUCUUAGUGAUACUGAAGUAGGCCCACUGUUAGACUUCGAGCCAGGCCCGGAGGUUGGCAAGGACUGACUGAAUUUUAGUAACAGAAGCUACAGAUUAUAGAUCAGAACAAAUAAAUUUUAUAGUUAACUCAAAUCAGUUCCACAUUUCCUUUUUAAAUGUUUACUAGUCAAUAAUAACUUUUUAUUUUUUUGUAUUUUGCCUUUAGAUUUUGUAUUUUGUACUUGGUUUUAGUUUUAGCUGUGGUGCCAAUUUCUUAUAUAAAUGACCUAAAAUUACUAAAAUUGCUUUCAGAGAUUUAAUUGUAAUCAAAACCUUAGCAAACUAUACAUUUUCUGAAAGAUAAAUGAAAUGGCUACAACAUUUAGAUUAGUGUUUUAAGUGUACCGGUAUCUAUAAAAAAUAAUGAUGUUAUGACCACUUGAAAGCAAGACAUUUUGUCUAUAUUUUUUUUCUUGAGCACUCCAAGGUCAAGGACACUGAGCAAAAUUUUCUUACAUGGUGGGCAAUAUAGUCAAAUUAAUCCCCAUCUAUUUACCUUUCUAAAAAUAUAUACUUAUUGGGGUCUUGCAUUUAACUUGUAUCAAUAUUUCUAUGUUAUUGAUUGAUUAUGAUGAAAGGGACCGAUCUUGCGCAUAUUGCUCAACUGCAACAAAGCGAGUACGCACACAUUUCUAUUGUACUGGGUGUGAAGCCAAACCCCAUCUCCAUCCUAAAGGAUGCUUCAAGGCCUUUCAUUUAAAAUAAUAGCUUCAUUUGUGUAUAUAUUUAGUAAAUAUGUGAAAUAUGUGUAAAUAUUUGAGUAUAACUAUUUUUAUUGUUGAAUUUUUGAAAAAAAAAUGUUAACACGUGUCUUGGGAAAGAAAUUCAUAACUUUACAAUUUCUGGAGCUACUGCAAUGAAACUUUCCAGUUGUUUUGGAUAUAUCAUAAGACUCAUUUUAAGAAAAUAUGAAUUUGAUUGGAUUAUUGUUACCUGAUUUCUGAGCUGGUGAGUAAAGCAAAAAAAAAAAAAUGUUAAAUAAUUUUUUACAUAAACCUGCAAUAAUACCCAAAAAAAUUUUCUUUGGGUAAUUCUUUAUCACUUUUUUAUACUAGAAACAUAUUCCUUUUUCAAUUACCUACAUUUGGAUAUGCAGCAUGAUAUGAUUUUGAUAAAUAGCAAAACGGAGCUUUUCAGUUUAAAAUCAUCAGGUCAAAUAGAAUUUUAGUCCCAAAAUUUUACUGCGUUCCCUUAAAAAAAUUGUGACGUAUUGAAUGGGUUAAAGUUAAUGCAAUUUCAAAAGGCUUUCAAAAAGCUCUGAAAAGCUCCCACACAACAGAAUGAUGCAUGCCACAGUUCAAGGGUUAAAGCAAAUUUCAGAUAAAAUAAUGAAACCAGAAUAAAAUAACUAUUUUUAGGAGUUUUUAAGCUAUGAACUUUCUAAGUAUGAGUUUGUUUGUCUUUUUUUACCAUGGUUAACAUCUCAAAAUUCUUAGAUGCAAUUUUGCUGUUUGCGUUAUUUGAUUUAUUAAUCCAAUAUUAAAAGUUCUAAUUUUAAAAAGUAAUUUUAACAAUUUUAUGGAAUUAUAACUAAAUUGUAACCUAUAUAUGUUUUAUCACUAAAUUUAUUUCUGAUACCUAGUCUACCUCAUAUAUUAUACUGUUAUAUAUUCUAUAUAGCUUUAACUUAAUUAAUUAGUCUGUGCAAAAGUUAAAAGUUCAAAAUAAGUAGCCCCUAACCAGUAUUAUUUUUAGGGGGAUGCCUUGCCUUACAAAGACUAUAUAUACAGUAUUUUCCGGUUACUGGAAAUUUGUUUGAAAGAAAUUUGGUCAACGGAAAAUUGAUCAACAGAAGUUUGCUUGAACAGAAAUUUGGUUGAACGGAAGUUUGGUCAAAUUUUUUUUCCCAGUUCACAUGAUGAAAUGCACCAUACUAUUACCACAUAGUAAAACAAAAUAAUGCGUUCAAAAAUAAAUUUGACUCAAAAUUUGAUAGUGUAAAAUGAAAAAAAAAAUCGACCAAACUUCUGUUCUAUCAAAUUCUGUUUCAAACAAAUUUCCGGAUACAGUAUUUUCAGGUGACUGGCCGUAUGCUUUAAGACGACCCCCUACUUUUGUUGUUAAAAUAUAGGGUUUGAGCUAUACUCCCCAUAUAACUUAUAUUAUAAGACUACUCCUCGUCCAACGCACACCAAAUAAAAAUUAAAAAACAUCAGAUUUGAUUUCAAUAUGGUAAUUUUAAUUCGAAUGCUUAUGACAUUCAGGUACUUAGCAGGAAAACUGUAACUUAUAAACAUAAGGCUGUUUGCCAUCAAACAUGUAAACAUAAAACAGUGCAAGUGGAUUAAACUUUUACUUAUUCACUCUAAAGCUGAAAGAAAGACGACUCACAGCAAAUAAGACAAUCCUCGACUUUUGAAAACAUUUUCAGUGGUUAAAAAGUAGUCUUAUACGCUGGAAAAUACGGUAUAUAUAUAUAUAUUUAUAUAUAUAUAUGUAUAUGUAUAUAUAUAUAUAUAGAUAUAGAUAUAUACGAAGGCGGAAGGAUGCCAUAUAUAUAUAUAUCUUCGUGAGUCGAUGGAGUAGCUAUAUAGUUCUACACUUUGACGAGUGGCUCACUAGGCCAAUCCUAGAAUGGCAAUCACGGCCGCAUCUCUCGCAGGAGAAUAUUGAAUCCCGGUAAAUUCUUGAUUUCCGAAUUGUUCUUUUUGAUUCAAGGGCCUCGUUUCGAGUAUCUUCUGCCUUUUUUACGCCUUCAACGCUGCUGUUCGCCAGUUGGAGCGAUGUUCGGCAAUGAACUCCCAUUCGUUUGUUUCAAUAUUGGCUUCCUUCAUGCUUCGUUUGCAAACGUCAAUAAAUCUCAGGCGCGGUCGUCCAAUAUGUCUUGUCCCUUCUGCCAACUCUCCAUACAGCAGUAUCUUUGGGAUACGUCCUUCCUCCAUUCUCCGUACAUGACCUAACCAAGGAAGGCGCCUCUUGAUCAGAAAGGAGAAUAUGCUGAACAUGUGUGCACGUUCCAAAACCUCCACGUUAGGCACCCUGUGCUGCCAACGAAUGCGCAAAAUGCGACGCAGAUAUCUUUGAUGGAAGCUGUUGAGUUUCCGCUCCUGGCUGGUAUAUGUGGUCCACACUUCGCUACCAUAUAGGAGCGUGCUAAGCAUGCAUGCCUGAUAGACACUUAUUUUUGUUUUAUCAGUUAGAUUGAGAUUAUUCCACACCGCUUAUUCAGUUUAGCCAUAGUUGCUGCUGCUUUUGCAAUCCUGAUAUUUAUCUCUUCAUCAACGGAGAGAGAAUAUAUAAUGGAUGCCUUAGACCUGGUAAACAGAACAGCCAUAUUAUAUAUAUUAAAUUUACUGCUAAUGCAUAUUACAUAGCUAGAUAAAUACAAUUUAUUUAUAAUUGCAUAAAAAUUGUAACAUUAAUUCAUUAAUUUUAAAAUUGGAACAUUUAAUAUCUAGCAUUAAUCCUGAAAAUAAGUUGUAUAAAAUCAUAAUUUAAACAAGAGUUAUAGUGUGACACAAUCAACAUAAUCAGGUCACAAAAUGUGAAGGUGAAUCCAUAGUAAAAUAUUAAAAACAGAUAUUAUUUCAUUUUUAAAGUUUGCUCUAUAAAACUUUUACCGGUACAUUUUUAUAAUUUCAAAUGUUUAUUUUUUUAACAAAGUACAUAAAUGUUGUCAAGCAUCGGGGGGGGGGGGGGGGUUGUCAUAUUUUUGUGACGAGGUAUAGGAGGGCCUUAAGCAAUAUGAUGUCACAUGAAAAGCGGAAUCUUGUAGCAAAUAAUUGCACCUAAUAACCUGAAAUAACAGACAUUUUAAACAUUUUUCUUUAUACAACAAUUAUACUUAUUUAUUUUUUAAACUACGAUCACUAUGAGAAUCAGAACAGGUAUGCGAGGUCCCAGAAAUGGCUUCUGAUAAAGUUACAGAUUGUCACAGAGGGGGAGAAAAUAGGUGUAGUGACUAAGAGGGUCAAGAGAAUUUAUGUCUAAAUGUGGAGACGGGAGUCAUAGAAUUAGGACUACCACAUAAAGUGGGAUGGAAAGAAAAAAAUGACCCGGGUGGGGGAGGGAUCUUAGUUAAUGCUCUAGGGCAUUGGUUGCUGCAUGCGGCUCUUUAGCAAAAUGUGUGUGGCUUGGCCAGUCGUCACAAAUCGGUUUUGACUCCCAAAAACAUGGUUCUUGACUGGUUUUUAAAAAGAUAUUUUGCACUCAAAUUUAAAAAAAUUUCCUGCUGUUGUAUUUUGGCCCUUUUGACUAAUGAGUUUGCCGACCACUGCUCUGAUUCUUAACAUUUUGCAGGGCUGUAGGCCCACUCCGUUUUUAACACCCCCAACCCCUUCCCCCAAACUGUAUAAAUUAAAAUUUAAUAAAAUAAAAAAUAAUAAUAAUUUCAGCAGAAAAACAUUUACUGCUACUAAUCAAAAUGCAAAAAAAAACUGGUAUAAAAAAUAGCAACAAUUAAGCAAUGGGAGCAAGCACAAUUUUCUGGUCUUCUACACCUCAAGGCUAGGGAGGUACUUUUACCCCUGGUUAUAAACCACUGUUUUAGUUCUAGUGAAAGGUGCUGUAAUUUGAAAUCCAUGGGAGGUGAAUUUCUCAAAGGUUUUUAAUGGACAGUAGUGGACAUGCAAUUUUUAUUGUGGGAAGGGGGGGGGGGUAGCAGAAAUGAGUGAUGUUGUAUUAGGGUGGGGGGGGGGGGGGGGGUGUCUAAAUUUGUGGGGUGAUGGGGAGGGAGAUGGGGGGGUGAAUCGGCAAAAUUGCUGACAUAAUUGAUGGAUGGCACUAAGUCUAAUGCUUUCAUCAUUAGAAAUAGAGCAAGACAGUACCGUUGGUUACCAAUUGUUUAUAAUCAGGAUGAGUUUUCAUGAUUCAUUUACUUGCUCAAGUGACAACGUGAUUUAGGCCAGUGGCUCUCAAAAUAGGUGGUACCACCCCCUGGGGUCAGUGGGAUGCAUCUCAUCAAACACUGUUGGCCUGCGUGUAUCAAUUAAUUUCAAGCAUUAUCAAAAUGUUAAGAGAUGAUACCAGUAUCAAGAUUUUUUGGCUACACUAUAGAAUUUUACUACCAUAUUUUGAAUGGUGAAAGACGCUCAAUGUUGCAAUCUCAUCGUUAUACUUGGUUGAAGGUGGUUUUAGUGAGGUCAUAUAGAUUUGCUCAAAGCUAACAAAAUUAUAAACUGAAUUUUAAAAAAUUUGAAACGUUAAAUUAAUAUAUUUUGAAGGCCGUUUUUGCUGUAUCAUUAUGCAUAAGCUAAAUGGGAUAACGUACGUUCAAAUUUUUGUAAAACAGUAGCUUGCCCUUGGUUGCCGUCUACUUUUACCAAUUUGAGUAGGUUCCAAAAACAUGUUUGUUGUGUCUCGAUUCCGGUAAGUUAAGUAGGGUUAAUCAAAACAGACCGAAUAAUAUAGUUCUGAAAAUAAAAUGUAUACAGUGCUUUUACUCUGAAUAAUUAUUAUUCUCUCAAUUCAUGGUGACGUUAUCCAAUCCAUGUUUACUUAGCCAAACCAUGACAACCACAAAUGAUAUGAAAGCGGAAAUGAUAUGCACCAACCCAUUAUGCUCUUUUCUCUCCAAAAAUAAUUUUUGUUUUCCUUCAUGAUCUUACCUUAUAGGUAAAGUGAAUAAAAUUUUAAUAAUUAGAUCUACUUCUAUAGUAGGAUAUUUGGCUUAGAAUUUAGUUUGCAUUUUUAAAAAUCUGCUCACCUCUCUAGACUUUCUAAAUAUUCAUGUGUUAAAGUUGUUGUUUUUUUCAUACGUGUUGUCACUAUUGAAAGUACAGCUUAACAGGGUUAGGUGCUCCCAAACAUCAUCUAUUCCUGUUUACAAUAUCUAGAAAUUUGUGCAAAUAACAACCAUUAUUCUAGACUUCAAUUCAUUCAAUUUUAUUUUUAAACUGAGCAGUAUUGAAAAUAAGUUUUUUUCAAGAUGCACUGCUCCUUCAAACCCACUCAAAUAACUGAAUUUCUAAAAAUAAAAGUUCAAUAGGCGUAUUAAAUGUCAAUGAGAUGACAUUUUCAAUCUAAUGCAGCACAGGAGUUAGAAAAGAUACUGGGUACAUUAUGACUAUUAGGUCUCAUUUGAAUAAAUCUGGAUCUUCUUGUGUUGAAAGGGCAGAAAAAUGUGUAAAAUUUGACCGAUUCAAAUUCAAUGGACUUGUCUCAAGUCUAUCAGUGACUCAACAACAUUAUUGAAUUAUUGUAUUUAUUAUUACUAUAGUUGGUAAGAUUAUGUUCACUAUUGAAAUCUAAAAUCGAAUUUAUUCAGGUUAUCUAUGGUACCGGUAUCAGUACUGUGGUAAUAAAUAAUGAAAGCCUUACAAUAAACACAGUUUAUCCAGAUGAUAUAGCUUAACAAGUGUACCUAGGAAUUUAUCCUGAGGAACAUUUUGACUGCUUCAAUUACAACCCAAAUCUUGCCAGAACCAUCAUUAUAGGGCUACGGUACUGAUAAGCUUGGGUUUUUAGAAAAUCAUUUUAAACCAUCUGCAAACUAUUCAGAUUUGCUCUGUCCUAGAAUGGCUGGAGCACUAUCCUUUUAAAACAAAUAGUGGCCAUCCUUAAGUGACGUCAUACUAUUUUAACUCAAUUUUUGGCUCGCUCCAUCGACAAAUAAUUUAUAUACAGGCUACCCUCGCAAUAGAUCAUCACAAAUUUGUGAGCCCCCCCCCCUCCCCUCAGUGCAUGACGUCAUUAAUGGAUUGACUUCAUAUUAGCUUAUUCUUUGUCACAUAAGCUCCCUUGAUAAUUUUUUUUAAUUCCCAUGCCUUUUGUUAAAAAUCUCUUGAGAUGAAUUGUUCUCAGUGCUUAUCAAGCUGUUUCCACACAACUUGCCUGUUUGUGGAUGUACAAUUACCAUACAUUGCUUCAAGUCUUCGAGGACAAGCUGGCUCCAAAACCAUACUUUUGUUUUCUACAUUUUCUUUCAUAAGGAUUUACAAUAUCAUGCAACUUUAGUUGCCAAACUUGUAGGACACUUCUGAUGUGCUUAAUAUAAACUGUUUAACCUGUUAAACCAUCUCAAAUCUUAGCUUUUGUGGUCCUCCUUUUGACACUAAACAUUCUCAUGAACUCUCACUUGUUUUUUUACUCUAUCACAGUGGUUCUUAACCUGGGUUCGAUCGAACCCCAGGGGUUCGGUGAGUCAGUCUCAGAGGUUCGGCGGAGGUCCAAAAAAAAUCAGAAAAAAAAUCAUAUUUUUAGUUUUCCUAUUAAGAAGGAUUCGGUGAAUGCGCAUAUGAAACUGGAGGGGUUCAGUACCUCCAACUAGGUUAAGAACCACUGCUCUACCAUUAUCAGUGAUUGUUGUCAAUCUAUUACGGUAUUAUUAAAAAAAAAUUAAUCCUAGCAUUAUAUUUUACACAAAUAAUAACAAAGUCUUGAACUCUGCCUGCCCAUUUUAAUCAGCAGCUCAGAAGCUGUGGUAUUGGCGGUUAAAAAUACAGGCUGUCUUUUAUGCUUCUAUCUAUCAAUAUAUUUUUGUCCAACAAACUUGACUGUCAGUCCGUUGGACUUCUGUUUGCCAGAGGGUGGGCUGGCUUGUUGCCUGCUGUGUGUUCUGUCCUCCUUUUCUAAUGCACUAAUUCAGUGGUCGUCAAACUCAUUAGUCAAAAGAGCCAAAUAUCAUCAGUAUGAUGAUAAAACAAAUUUUUGAAAGACAAAUUUCUUUUCGAAAUCUGUCAAGAACUAUGAUUUUUUGGAGUCAAAACCAAUUUGUGGUCGACUGGCCGAAUCGCACUCAGGCUGCUAAAGAGCUGCAUGCAGCUCGCAACUGCGAUUUGCCGACUACUGCAUUAAUUUAUCCUCUCUCCAUUGAUCAAUCUAUAAAACUAGGAUUCAUAAAAUAUUUGUAGCUAUUAAUUUUGUGUUAUCUAUACAAGGGUUUCCCACCCGGUACCAGGCCACAAAAGCAAAAUUACUGAGUCGUCGAAAAAGAAAUAAAAGGUUAUUUAUGUAUAUUAUAUAUGUUGCGAGCGAUCAAUCACAAAAAAAGGCCAGAAUUAAUGGAACACUUCCGUUCAGCCUAGAAACUUGACAACAUUAAGGCUGAUACUGUCAAGAUCCCUAGAAAAAUUAAAUACUAUUUAAAAAUCCACUCUGGGUAAAUCCAUAAGGAGAAAAUUCUUUAAGACACAAGAUGUCACUGGGAUUCAUUGUUCUAACACAUGUUUUUUGCACAUUUGAAGUACUUAAAUAGGUUUAAUAUUACCAAAACCAAGUGAUGCAGACCCUUUCAUUUUUCAAUAUAUUAUGAUUGUCUGGUUUGCAUUCAAAAAUUAUUAUUUCUUUCAAUACUGGUGGUAAUAGUAAAUACAAAAACUUGGUACUGGUAUUGGCUUCUUCUUGUUCUAUAUCUUAAGGCCCACGAUCAAUUUAGUGUGCCUAUUUUUCCAACGACAUGGAUCAAUUUAAAGAUUUAUUUUUAAAAUUUGGAAAUGUAGUCUUUGAGACAGAAACUGCAUUUAUGUUAAUGUUUUUAUUAAGUGGCGCUGAGGGAUGAUAUUACUAAGAAACUAUAUAAUUUUGACCCUUUUUAUUUGUUUAAGAUUUAUUGCAAUACAAGUAAAUUUCACUUACUGUAAUUUUUAUAUCCUACAAUGUUGAAUCUCAAAGCCAAAAUAGAUUGCAAAAUUGAAAAUCAAACUUUCCUGUUAAAAUGGAGACUUCCUUUUUUUUAAAACUCUACCACUGGAGAACGGUGGAGGGAUGAUUUGACAGUAAGAGGCUUAAAUGCAUUAGUGAAUGAAAGACAAUUUGGGACAAAUAAGAAAUACUUGUACUGUAGAGUAUGUGGUACGGUACCGAUACUCUAGAGUAUGUUACAUGGCAAAAUAAAAUAAAUAGUAAAAAAAUUUAAACAAGAGUUCACAGUAAAUGGUAGAUUGUAUCAAGCAAGCAUUACAUAAAGGUAACAUCUCACACACACAAAAAAUGUGUGUGCCAUCACAUGAAAAACGCAAGGUGACUUGAGACUUACAAUUAACCAUUAACCCCUCCCCUACUUAAAAAGUUUUCCUACCUUAGUUAGCUGUUUCCUUUUUAUGGUCUAUCACUUACUCAAUUAAAUGGAGCUAAUAAGAACAAAAAAAAUACAUAUUUGUUUAAAUCAAUCAAUUAAAGGAUCCCACACCCAGUGAAGCACAGGCAUAUUCACAAGUUGGAUAAUAGAGUAAUGUUUUGGUUGAUGUUGAUAAUUGAUUCAGAAAAAAUAAAUAAUAUAAAAGAUAAUGGGUUGAGUAUUCUGGAAGACAUUCUAGUUCCAUGUCUGAGAUUCUAGAAGUAACAUGUUUUGUGAAAAAGAAAAGGUGUUGUAGCGGUGCAAAUGAUUUUUUUAUGCUGAAAAAUUAUAAAUCACAAUCUUUAUAAAUAAAUACACUUUGAAAUAAAUAAUAACUUUUUAAUUUCUGACCCACAAAAAUAUUUUUCAGAAAGAUAUCCUGGAAAACAAAGGACUUGCUAUUUCUAUGUUAUAUUCCAUUCACUGUGUAAUCAAUAACAAGAAUAGACUUUACAAUGGCAAGCAGGUAAAAAAUAUAAAACUUAAAUUAACUCUGAUAAUUGAAUACAGCCUACUACAGCCUCUAUUUUAAUGAAAUGUGGAUUAAUUUAUUUUCAAAAAUGAUAUUUCAUAUGCCCUUUUUCCUUCUUAUUCACAAAAAUUGUAACAUAUUUAUUUGUUUCUUUUUCCCGUCAGGAAAGAACUUUUUCCAUUCAAUGGUAAAAGUAAUGGGAAAUCCAGUUAUCCUCUACCAGGCCGAGGUAACCACUUCGGAUUGAUUGAAAUAAUUAAUAUAGAUAAGAUUAUAAAAAAGGAACUUGUUCCAGAAUAUUUAAAACCUGAGAAUGAAUAUAUUUUAUUUUAUCAUGGGACAACUUCAGAAAAUGCCAAGGCUAUAGUCAACUCUGGAAUAAAUGUGAAAAAAGGUGACCCUAGAACAGAUUUCGGUCAAGGAUUUUAUGUUUCUAAGGACUUCCAGUAUGCAAGAGACUUUGUUAAGCAUUCUAAUGAAUAUACAGUUCUUGUAUUUAAAUUAACUCUGACGUUUUGGGAUGCACAAGGAAGUUCUGGCUAUGUCUUUAAAAAUGAUUCAGAUGAAUUUUGGGAAGAAUUUGUAGCAUAUAAUCGCCGAUGUAAUAGAGGUGGUAAAUUUGCAAAAAAAAGCAAACAAUUAUCGCAACUGGAACUGGAAAGCAAAGCUUUUAUCCAAGGACAUGUUUGUGCAAGAAAUUUGGAAAGGAAGUCUGGAACUUCAAAGCAGACUCUUCCUAAAGACCCAGCAAUACAAGUAUGUAUUAAGACAAAUGAGUUGGCCAAAACAUUCUUCAGCUAUUUGUAUGCUGCUUUUUCAUAUAAUAAUUCAUUGUAUAAAUAAUAAAUAAUCACUCCAAAAAGUAACAUUAUAAUAAUGUUUAUUUAUUGAAUAUAUGUAAAGGGCGUUCCAUAUAUAGGGUAUAAUUCUGUUAUGCAAAAAAAAAUCAAUCUUCAUUUUCCCCUCCUCCCUUCAUCUUGUUUUCUCAUACAUAGAGAAUUGA